UUGACCAAAGGGCACCGUGCCUCCCCGUCAGCCUCGCGGGCCUGUCAGGGUUUAAAUAAAUGAACGCGGGGAGCAGCCGCUAUAAUAACCUGCGCCGCGGGGAGUCCGGCGGAUGGUGCCUCGCGGGGCUGACCCGGGUUCGGGCGCCGGGCAGGUGACUGACAGGGAGGCCGGCAGACGACAGGGGCAGGAUGGCAUUAGGACACGCGAGACGUCAAGUGGCGAGGCAUUUCAGCGUUUUUGGAUGAAAGGACACUUCCUCCAACAGCUUUUACAAUGCGCGGCAUAAUCAGCCGCAGAGAGAAGUCUUCUGCGACGCUGGGAAAAAGAAACGCAGCUGCGCCACCUGCUGGUGACUUUUAGUGGCGGAAGCGCCUGCCCGACUCCACGCCACCAGAAAGAUUUCCUUUUGUAAAUGAUGGAUACGUUCAAUUGUAGUAAAUGAUUUCCAUGAACUCCCUUUAAUUUCCCUUCCCUGCUCAAUGAAUAGCAUGUUGAUUCAUUAUUAUUAGUUUAUUAUUAACAGUAAAAUUUAAAAAACAGUUACGUUAUUAACUCACAUUCCCAAACUGGAACAUUAUGGGAACCAAGAGCACGAAUAUAUAUUAUUUAAAUCACUGUAUGCAUCAUAGUAAAUCAAUUAGUGGAAUCACAGGAACAGUACUAAAUUCUGCCAGGCUUCCUCCCAUCCCACCAGGUAAACUGGAUCAUUACUACUCUCAAAUUAGCUUGUUUAUUUAGAGAAAGGCACUGCAACAGAACUAAGAGGAAUAUUUUAGUUUAAUGAGGUGAAGGACUUAGUGUUUUUUAACUUUUAUAUGGAAAUGAGUCCUCAGAUGAAAGGUAAGUUCUUUGUUGUGAUAAUGACCUUCAAGACAGAUAAAGAGAGCAUUCAGUCUCAGUAAAGGUGGAGGUAUGUAAAGGUUCCUCAUUAAUCUUCCUCUCUUUUAACCAGCACAUUGAUUUCAUUACAGGUAGGUGUGUGAACGGUUUUGCAUGGUCUGUAAAUACAGAAAUGAGUAGUCUGAUAAAUAUUGAUGAAACAUAAACAGGUUGAGGGACUGCCAACCUGUUGCUCUCCACGAAGUCAGUAGAAAGUUUGGGAGAGGGUUUUUCUGAUGGAAUAUAAGGUUCCAGACCCCAAGCAGGAGUUAAUGUGCUGUGAAGUGUGUCUGCUAUCACAAAGGUCACAGUAUUAGUUCACCUGUGAGGUGGUGAAGCAAAGGCUGAGGAAAGGUCAGGAAAUAAAAUUCUGUUUGUACUGUAGGGCAAGAGUCCAAUGUAAGAAGCCCAGUAAGAGUCUGGGCAAACGGAACUGGGUCCAGUUUACCCAGAGCCUGGGUCAAAAGCACACAGGGCAACGACCGGCUGCUUUAUUAUGGCUAAUCGCACAGUGCAAAGAAUGUGGGCAGGUAGAUAUAAACAGGAAUGACAGAGGAGGAGCAUUAAAAGGAGGAGGAGCAGCGUUGCAUCAUUUUGAGAGAAAUGAAACUCUAAAUAGUUUUGUGUACAAACACUGUUUGGUUUGUGGAUGCAUGACCAGAACCAGACCAGACCGGAGCAGAACUGAACUGAGCAUCUGUCAAGAAGGCCUCUCUACUGCAGGUGCACCAUGGCUUCAGGCAGCAGUUUUCUGUCCGAGGAUCACUUCUGCUGCUCCAUCUGCCUGGACGUUCUGUCCGAGCCCGUGUCCAUCCCGUGCGGACACUCCUUCUGCCACGCUUGUAUCAGGCGGCACUGGGACGGGAAUCAGCAGCGGCAGUGUCCGCUCUGCAAGGAGCGCUUCCCCGCCGAGCUGCGGCUCCGCAUCAACACCGCCUUCAGGGACGUCGUGGACGACUUCAAGAACCAAUGUCGAGAGAGGCCCCGCGAUGCCGGGCCGGCGCCGGCCCAGCCGGAUCAGGUGCCGGCGCGGCCGGGGCAGGUGCCGUGCGACUGCUGCCUCGGCAGCAAGUUCAGAGCCGCUAAAACCUGCUUGGUGUGUUUGGCCUCCUACUGUGAGAUCCACCUGGAGCCUCAUCGAACAGUCGACGCCCUGAGGAGACACACGCUGACGGAUCCCGUGCAGAACCUGGAGGACAGGAUCUGCACCAAGCACAACCGGAUGCUGGAGCUCUUCUGCAGGGACGACAUGACCUGCAUCUGUGUCCUGUGCACAGAUCACAGCGCUCACGAUACUGUGGCCUUGGAGAAGGCUUUUGUAAACAAGAAGGGUCACGCUGGGAAGAAAAAAGUGGCCGGGAAAAGUAAGAAAUGUAGAAAAAAGGGUCAGAGGAGCCAAGCAGGGCAGCAGCCCAGGAGGAGCGAUGACAGCACAGCCAACGGUGCCGAGUCCAAUCAGCAGCCUCACGUGUGGUGGCGUCCCACUGGAGGGGCUCAGGAGCACAGCACCAGGCUGCCAGCGGGGAACAGGCCCUUCCUGUUAGCUGGCGCUGACUGGCGUCUAACAGUGGUGUCAGAGUGUGUGUCUGGACACAACAUCAUAACCCAAAUCCACCACAACGGGCCCUACUGCAUCUGGCACCAAGACCCCGGCCAGGCGCCGCCCAGCGAGCCUGUGCAGCUGUUCCUGGUGAAGACACCGGACGGCGUGUGGGUGAUUUUAGAUUAUGAGAGCGAACAGGCGUUCUUCCACGACUCACAAACCAAUAUUAUGAUAUACUCGUUGCAAGGCUCCAGGUUCGUCAAGAGAUAUUAUUUGUGCUUCAUUCCCACGACUACGAGAAUCGACACACAGCGGCUGCUGGGGACGGUUCAGACCAUGAAAGCGUGUCUGUCACGUCCACGCAACACAAACUCCUGUUUGUUUGUGGUCUGUGUUUUUUUAUUCGUUAUAUUUUGCAUCUCAUUUUUACGGCCUUAAAGCUUCUCACCUCCUGGUACUGUAUGUACACACAGUAUGAAUGAGCUAAAUAUAACUGUACUUUACAUUCUUUUCAUUUGUUGUAUACUCAAGAUCUUAAACAAAAUGCCUUAAAGUAAUCGAAUUAAAAUGAGGCUUAAAAUGCCGGUUAGAGGCCUCAACUACUGUGAGAUGUGGGGAAUCUAUUGUUGGUGUCGGGGUUUUUAUGCAAAUCAGCCACUAGAGGGAGCUAUCUGCUCAUGUUUUACAAACAAUCUUUUUUCUGUUCUCAUUUAGUUUUUAUGAAGAUUAAACAGAAUUCAUUGGA